ACAAUUUGGAAUAUUAACUUCAUCUCUCUUCUUCAUCCACUUUCUCUUCUAAUUUAUUUUCUUCAAUCUUCAAGUGCAUACCACAUCAAAUCGAAUCGAAUUUUUAGGAAAGAAACUGAAGAUGAUGCAAAUUAUGUCCCCUAUCUAUGUGCCUGAACUUGGAAUGGAGGAUCUCAAUUUCUUUAACCAAUACACGAUGGAUUCUCUUGCAUCUCCAACAUUAUUCGACAACUUUGGCUUUCACUUUGAUGACAACGAAACGACACCAAAUUGUUUCCCAGUUGAAACUCAUCCUGAUGAUCAAACAAGGCCAACCAAGAAGAUCAAGACAUCGAUAACCCCUUCUUCCCAGUCAUCACCUCAACUCAUUUCUUUUGAGCACUCCAGUUCAACACCAAUUGCUUCAAAGCAAUUUUAUAACCUUGAUUAUUCAGAUGUAAAACCUAAAGUCGGGAAAAGGUGUAAUGAAAACAAGGAUUUUCUACCAGCUUUGGUUUCUCAAGGUUCUUAUGAAGAUCAAAAAAUAUUUUCCAAUUAUGAUAACCAAGCGAAUCAGACCAGAAACACUGCUCAAGCUCGAGAACAUGUAAUGGCCGAAAGAAAACGAAGGGAAAAGCUUACCCGAAGUUUCAUCGCUCUUUCAGCCAUUGUUCCUGGCCUCAAGAAGAUGGACAAAGCUUCUGUGUUGGGAGAUGCUACCAAGUACAUGAAACAACUACAGGCACGUUUGCAGACACUGGAGGAACAAGCUGAAGACAACAAAAAAGCUGGAUCCACAGUCCAAGUGAAGAGAUCUAUUAUCUUCACUAAUAAUAAUGAUGAUGAUAGCAACUCCAAUAACCAACCACUUCCUGAAAUCGAAGUAAGAGUUUCAAGCAAAGAUGUACUCAUCAAGAUUCAAUGUGACAAACACAGUGGACGUGCCGCUACGGUGCUUGGCCAAUUAGAAAACCUUAAUCUCACUGUCCAUAGUAGUACCUUUUUGCCCUUUGGAAACAACAUUGUUGAUGUAACCAUUGUUGCUCAGAUGAACAAGGAAAACUGUGUGACAGCAAAGGAUCUCCUGGGAAGCAUACGACAGGCUUUAAUCAUCCAAAAUUAACCAUUUGAAGGAAUAUUUAAUCUACUACAUCAAUAAGUUUACUCAACAACGAUUUUUUCACAGUUAUUUCUAUCAUUUUUCCUUUUUUGUCCUUUGAUAAGGAUUCUAGGGUUACUAUAUCCAUGAAGGAAGGUCCUGUGAUGGGAGAAUCUAUGAUCUUAUUUCAAUGUUCACAUAUAUUUUCAAGGGUUUGUCUUUUCUAUUAUAUUCUGGCCAUGGGUCGGUGUGUGGAAUUUCAACAGAUGGUGCCAAAGUGUUUUUCUUCUGUUGUGUUUUUUUCAUAGUUGACUUGACUAGGUUAACUAUGUUAAUUCCAUCACAUGUGUAAUUGUUAAUUUUUCUAAUCAUUAUUUGGAUGGUUUUUUUUAGAAGCUUUGACUUAUUGUAUAGACCUUUUUCUUCCUUCUUUCCUGUUGUGAAAAGGUUCUAGGUUUGAUAGAAACUGUGGCAACCACUUCUUUUUUAAUUUUGUACCUUUUGUCGUUUUGUGAUUAUUUUUGUAUAAAAAUUCUUAUCAUUAUAGUCUUGA